AUGGUCAAAUGGGCGCAGCUUUUUGGAUCGCGGCGAGAGAGGGAUGCACCGCAUCUUCGAGAUGAGAUGCGAAGGCUGUUACCUGCCCAUAGCAAUGACCUCCCAGCCUCCGCGUUUCCUGCCAAAGAAGUGACCAAGGUUGCUCUCCGGUUAAAGUACCAGAUUGAAGAAGUCAUUCCCAUCGAGCUUCCCGAGGAGAAGAUCACCGCAGCUAAUAGCGGGGUCAUCACGAAACAGGUAGUCAAGACUGCCAAAGAAGCUGGAGGCACCGAAUACGCCGCCGCGGUAGUCUACUGUCUACUCGUCUGUAAACGUUGGUUCAAGAGACAGGCAUUCCUUGAAUUAUGGGACGCAGACUUGCAUGAUGUUCGCGCGGUCGCCUGCGAGAUCAUAGCGAAGCGUAUCAUUGAAGGAGAAGAAAAUCAGGAGUACCUUCUCAAAGAGGUGCUGCUGCAGCGAUACUCAGUCAUGCGUGACGGCGAGGAAACGGCUUCAGCCAACGUGAUUGAGAGAGCUGUUGAUCUGCAUGCUCUGACAGUCAUCGGUUCCUCUGGCUACCAGAAAUGUAUCAAGCACCUAUGGCGUGGUUGGAUCCAUCAGGACGACAAGGACGCUGGAAAUUUUGUCUUCUACAGAGAGCGGGACAACACCAGCUAUUGGGCUCAUCUCAACCCUGAUCGAAUGCGUUGUCCGCUUUAUCAGAACACUGUCCAAAUAUCCAUCUCCUUGAUCUACUUGGGAAUGUACACGGGGGCAGUAAACACCAUCAAUGAAGAUGGAGAUCUGGAUGUUGUGGAAGGCAUUCUCUAUAUCAUGACGCUGGGAUUCAUUUGCGACGAGGUGGCCAAAUUCUGGAAAGUUGGAAUUUAUUACUUCGGCUUCUGGAACGCAUUCAAUAAUGUCCUCUACUCAUUACUCACGGCUUCGUUCGUCAUUCGAAUUAUCGCGCUUGCACAUUCACCAGACGAAGAUGACGAGCGAAGAAGAGAGCUUAAUAGGCUCGGCUACCAUAUCUUUGCCGUGUCCGCACCCAUGGUUUGGAGUCGCUUACUUUUGUAUCUCGACACAUUCCGGUUCUUUGGGGCCAUGUUGGUUGUUCUCAAGGUCAUGAUGCGGGAGUCAUUGAUCUUCUUCGCCUUACUGAUCGUGGUCUGCGUUGGCUUCUUGCAAGCCUUCAUUGGUCUGAACCAAGUGGAAGGUAACUCGUCUAUCACAACAUUCAUCAUCACCGCCAUGGCCAACUCGGUGAUGCAAUCCCCGGAGUUCGAUGGUUUUGAUGAUUACGCACACCCCUUCGGAUUGAUUCUGUACUACAUUUUCACAUUCGUGGUCAUGGUCAUUCUGCUGAACAUCUUGAUCGCACUCUACAACAGCGCGUACGAAGACAUCACGGAGAACGCGAUUGAUGAGUACAUGGCGAUGUUCGCGCAGAAGACGAUGCAAUUUACACGUGCACCCGAUGAGAACGUAUUCAUUGCUCCCUUCAACCUGAUCGAGCUCUUCUUCCUUGUCAUCCCCUUCGAAUGGUGGAUGGACGCACAUAAGUAUGAGCGACUGAACAACUAUGUCAUGGGUGUCAUCUAUUCGCCAUUAUUGUUGAUCACGGCGGCGUUCGAAGCCCGCGAGGCACAUACAGUUCGAAACAAUCGCAAGCGAGGCGAAGAGGACGAUGACACUGUAGAAGAGUGGGAAGAGCUCGACGGCGAAAUCGACUACGCGGCGGACGGUUGGGACGAGAAGGUCCGCAAGACCAAACCGAUUGUCGACGUCGACGCAGAUGUGGUAGAGAUUCGGGAGCUCAAGAGCGAGGUCGCGGAACUAAAGAGGAUGAUUCGAGCGUUGAGUCCUGACUCUUGA